UUACUUCCGGACUGUGCGGUCCACAUGCAGGAAGUGAGUUUUCAUCGACUGCUGCAGCCUCCCAGUGUCCGUGGAGAUCAGGAACUCCAGCUGUGGGGAACGGAGUCUUUAUUACACAUCACACAUUCUGUAUUCUCCCUGAUUCACUGAGGAUGGACAUGGACAGGAGUCACAGGACUGAGAGGAUAAUUAAUAUCACCCUGGAGAUCAUCUACCUGCUGACUGGGGAGGAUUACACAAUAGUGAAGAAGACAUCCAAUGAGUGUGAGACACCCAACAGCCAUCCCCGUGUUUCAGGAGGACUGAGUAGAACCCAGAGCCCCAUCACGGUGCCUCCACCUCACUCACUGACACAUGAGAGACACAAUGACCAGAAGAUCCUGGAACUCGCCAACAAGAUCAUUCAGCAGCUGACUGGAGAGGAGGGGGAGUAUAUAGAGGAACACAGGGGUCUGUACAAGGACGUGAAGAUGGAGAAUCACCGGCCCCUCACAUCACUGGAUGGGCCCAAUAACAGAGAUACCCCAGAGAGAUGUCCCCGUCCUCUGUAUUCCCAAGACUGUACAGAGGAGAAUCACAGGAUCCCACAGGAGGAUCAGGUAGAACGUCUUUCUUGUAUAAAGGCAGAAGAUAUAAGGAGAGAAAAAGAGACAUAUGUGACUGAUAUAAAGGCAAAAGAUACAGAGGAAGAAGAAGAGACGUAUGUGACUGAUAUAAAGGCAGAAGAUACAGAGGGAGAAGAAGAGACGUAUGCGACUGAUAUGAUGACAGAAGAUACAGAGGGAGAAGAAGAAACGUAUGUGAGGGGUGAUCAGCAGUGUAAGGAGGAGGAGAUCCCUACAGAUGUCAGCACAGGAGAUGGACACACAAGCAGGAAUAUCUCAGAAGGACAUCUAAUGUUAUCCCCGGAUUGUGACAUAAAAGAUGACAGUAGACAGGAUUCUCCAGGAGAUAACCCCAUUACCCCAAUUAUACAUCCAGCUCUAUCAGCUGAUCCCUCUGAUCCUGGGAAAUGUUCUCCUGAUCACUCUGAUAUUGGUGCAUCUGUUACAGCUCUGAGAGUAGAUUCCGUGUUUCCUUGUUCUAUAGAUGCACCAUGUUUUACACAGAACACAAACCGUAUUACUCAUCAGCCAGCUAAGGCAGGUGAGAGGCCAUUUCCAUGUUCUGAGUGUGGGAAAUGUUUUACAUAUAAAUCAUAUCUUGUUAGACAUGAGAGAAGUCACACAGGUGAGAAGCCGUAUUCCUGUUCUGAGUGUGGGAAAUGUUUUGCACAGACAUCAGCUCUUGUUACACAUCAGAGAAGUCACACAGGUGAGAAGCCGUAUUCCUGUUCUGAGUGUGGGAAAUGUUUUGCACAGACAUCAGCUAUUGUUACACAUCAGAGAAGUCACACAGGUGAGAAGCCGUAUUCCUGUUCUGAGUGUGGGAAAUGUUUUACACAGAAAUCAUCUCUUGUUACACAUCAGAGAAGUCACACAGGUGAGACGCCGUGUUCCUGUUCUGAGUGUGGGAAAUGUUUUGCAUGGAAAUCAGAUCUUGUUACACAUCAGAGAAGUCACACAGGUGAGAAGCCAUUUUCAUGUUCUGAGUGUGGGAAAUGUUUCGCAUAUAAAUCAGAUCUUGUUACACAUCAGAGAAGUCACACAGGUGAGAAGCCGUAUUCCUGUUCUGAGUGUGGGAAAUGUUUUGCACAGACAUCAGCUCUUGUUACACAUCAGAGAAGUCACACAGGUGAGAAGCCAUAUUCCUGUUCUGAGUGUGGGAAAUGUUUUUCAUUGAAAUCACAUCUUGUUAGUCAUCAGAGAAGUCACACAGGGGAGAAGCCAUAUUCCUGUUCUGAGUGUAGGAAAUGUUUUGCACGGAAACCAGCUCUUGUUAUACAUCAGAGAAGUCACACAGGUGAGAAGCCGUAUUCCUGUUCUGAGUGUGGGAAAUGUUUUGCACACAAAUCACAUUUUGUUAUACAUCAGAGAAGUCACAGUGAGAUGCCGUAUUCCUGUUCUGAGUGUGGGAAAUGUUAUUCAUCGAAACCAGAUCUUGUUAUACAUCAGAGAAGUCACACAGGUGAGAAGCCAUAUUCCUGUUCUGAGUGUGGGAAAUGUUUUGCAUGGAAAUCACAUUUUGUUAUACAUCAGAGAAGUCACACAGGUGAGAAGCCAUUUUCCUGUUCUGAGUGUGGGAAAUGUUUUUCAUCGACAUCAGUUCUUGUUAAACAUCAGCGAUUUCACAGAUGAGAAGCCAUUUUCAUGCUGUGAGAGAAAUAAAUCUGCUCUUGUUGAACAUAUUAGACAUUACCCAAGUACGGAACCAUUUACAUCUUCUGGAGUAUAAUUAUCACUGCCGUCCAAUGUUCCUCAAGGGUGAAUCCGAUCUCUUAUGCUUUAUAAAAUAUACAUGCUACCACUGGGUGAUAUAAUCAGACGUCAUGGCCUGGUCUACCACUGGUAUGCAGAUGACCUGCUUUUUGCUCCAUGUACUGAGAACCUAAUACCAAUCCUAAAUGGUUGUCUAGCUGAGCGCCAGGGGUGGAUGAUACCAGUUGGCUGUGACUCAGUCUUUGUGAAACAUAAUAGAAGCUCCCGAACAAAGGACAAGACUACAGCUUUACCAACCAUCUGGAUUUAUGCUUUGGUGUUCAGAAUUGCAAAAUACUAAACAUGUGCUGAAUCUUUGUGUUGUCCUGGUAUGUGGCUGACACAGACAUCAGGUAUCUGCCACAUACUAAUCCUCAUUCUUCCAUCUGUGGACCAUAGCCAGAAUCAAGCACUUGAUUCCCUCAGAAGUUCAUAGACUACUGCAAUGCCAUCUACCUGGGUCACCCAGCAAAAGAAUUACAGAGCUUGCAGCUAGUACAGAAUGCAGCAGCCAAGCUGUUACCUAACCAGCCCGUUCCUGCCUCCUAACACCCAUUCUCUAUUCCCUUCACCGGCUGCCUCUAAGAUGACAAAUCUAUUUCAUAAUUGGCUAACUGACCUUCCCAGCCCAACAUUACAUGGUCCAAGGAACUAGAAGCAGCUUCUGCCUCCUUACUGCCCUGCUUGCUUGCUUCUACAGAUGGACUGUUACCAGCAGUACCAAGAAUCUCCUGUCAUUCAUUUAUGGGUUGAACGUUUAGCUUUGACCAUGGAACUCACUGCCUUGCACAGUCCAAGAGGCCUCCACUCUAGAGACCUUCACAAGCAGACUGAUGACUGUUACUCACGCUUUUCAUUAAUGUACCUCUAUUUACUUCCUAAAUAAUACAUCCCAAAUGCUUAGGUCUUUUUUCUGCUGUUUAUUUUGUAUCUUGUGCUUUGUGUAAAUGUGAAUGUCUAAUACCAGUUUCCACAAUCUGUAUUGCUGCACGACAAUAUGGCGGCCAUUGGAACGUGUUUUCACUUCUUCUAGUUUGCCUAACUUGUUGCAGACACUCAUCUUGAUCAGGAGUGUCGAGUGUUUUCUUAUACAAGAUCCUGUCCAUAUAUACCCUGUACAUUAUCAUGUGCAUUAGAGUCACCCGGGUUCCAUCUGCGGUGGUUUGUUGUAUGUUACAUCUAUAUGGUGCGGAUACUCCCCUGUAUUUCAUAAUAAAAGCUUUU